GUUAUCAUCAAUAGAAACUAAGGAUUGAAAUUAUAAGCUUAAAACAUUCAAAAUGUCAAUACCAAAGAUUGUUUUUCUGGCAUUUAUAUUUUCACUAGCUGAAAUUGGUUUUUCAGCUAAGCUUGUUACUUAUAUAUUUGGUGAUUCCUUAACAGAUGUUGGGAACAAUAAUUUUCUACAAUAUUCUUUGGCUAAAUCUAAUUUUCCUUGGUAUGGAAUUGAUUAUAGUGGUGGCCAAGCUACUGGAAGAUUCACCAAUGGAAGGACUAUUGGUGAUAUCAUAUCUUCAAAGCUUGGAAUCCAAUCACCACCAGCUUAUUUAUCAGUGCCUCAAAAUGUUGAUGCCCUUCUCAAAGGGGUAAAUUAUGCAUCUGGUGGAGCAGGGAUUCUCAAUGAGACAGGACUUUAUUUUAUUCAGAGGUUGACUUUGGAUGACCAAAUAAAUAGUUUCAAGAAAACUAAAGUAGCAAUCACAGCAAAAUUAGGUGAAGCUGCUGCCAACAAACAUUUCAAUGAAGCUAUGUACUUCAUUGGAAUUGGUAGUAAUGAUUAUGUCAACAAUUUCUUGCAGCCCUUCAUGGCAGAUAGCCAACAAUAUACUCAUGAUGAGUUCAUAGAGCUCUUAAUCUCAACCUUAGAUCAACAACUUAAGAGUCUCUAUCAACUAGGAGCACAAAAAUUGGUGUUCCAUGGACUUGGUCCACUAGGUUGUAUUCCAUCACAAAGAGUUAAAUCCAAAAGAGGACAAUGUCUAAAGCAAGUUAAUGAAUGGAUCCAACAAUUCAACUCUAAAGUACAGAAACUAAUCAUCAAACUAAACCAUGGUCUUCCAAAUGCAAAACUCAUCUUUGCAGACACAUAUCCAUUAGUUCUUGAUUUAAUCAAUAAUCCAUCUGUUUACGGUUUUAAAGUAUCAAAUACAUCUUGUUGCAAUGUGGACACAAGCAUUGGAGGUUUAUGCUUGCCAAAUUCAAAGAUGUGCAAAAACCGCAACGAAUAUGUAUUUUGGGAUGCAUUUCAUCCAUCAGAUGCAGCAAAUGCUAUACUUGGAGAUAAAUUCUUCUCUAGUAUUUUCUCAUCAGCUCCUUCUGCAGCACCAAGUCCUUCACCUUAGAAUCAUAUACAUCAAUUAAUUUAAUAGUUAUACCAAAGAAUAUUCAGCUGAAUAUGCACACAGUUUAGGAAUAUGGGGGACUCAAUCACAUCACAUUGCAUUUUGUAACUAAUGCAGCCAAGUCUAAAGUGUAACAAUAAUCAAUUAUGUUACUAAAGAUAUAAUGGUAUACUACUAAUUCAAUUAUAAUGGAUUUCUCCAA